AUGGCAGAGGUGCAAAGGGGCACGGCGGAGGACGACGAGUUCCAGAUACGCGACGGAUUGCUCAUCCGCAGAGGGGCCCUCUACGUACCGGGAGACGACCUCCGCGCGAAAGUACUGCAGCAGUUGCACGACGCACCCACCGCCGGGCACUUUGGCAAAGAGAAGACGGUAGAAUUAGUAGCCAGAGAUUUUGGUGGCCCAAGAUGCGGGGGGAAGUCGCGGAUUACGUCUCGAGGUGCGACACCUGCCAAAGGGCCAAGUCAGUGCACAAACCGCCGGCGGGACUGCUCGAACCCCUGCAGACACCGCUCGAACCGUGGGAGAGGGUGGCCCUGGACUUUGUCACGGAUCUACCCAGCUCGAGGGGCAAGACGGCAGUGCUAG